AUUCAAAGGAAAAAACAUGAAAAUUAAAAUCAAGUUACAAUUUUGUAUUGGCAUAAAACAUAUCAGCAAAUAAGAUGUCUGAAAAGGAGGGUAUGUCAGAGGAGCUAGAGGAUACUAUUAGUCAAUUUAGGAAAGAAUCUAGAUCACAGUCAGUGAAGGAGCUUGGCUUUAUUAAAGAAACAUCAAAUUUGAUAAACGAAGCUUCUGAUUACCUGGAAGGGAAAUCUUCUAACCAGAUUUAUGAAACACAUCCUAGAGAGAUUACAUUAGAGUCAACAUCUUCCUCUGGAAGCAAGUCUAAGAGAAAUGAAGAACAAAAGAAAAAUCUUCAAUUUUCUAAAACAAGCACUAGAACAGAAACUUCACAGAGUAUAUCAUCACUAACUGGGAGGACUGCAGAAUAUCAGGCUUUGGUUAACUUCCUAUCUCAUGAAACAGUAGGAGAAGUUAGUCCACAAGUCUCUGAAGAAAAUCAGAAACAACUUGGCUUAGGGGCAGAUAACUUUACAGUUAACCUUGAGGCCAAGGGUUUACAGGAAUUUCCUAAGGACAUUUUAAAAAUCAAAUAUGUAAAACAUCUAUAUUUAGACAAGAAUCAAAUCAAAACUUUUCAAGGGGCAGACUCAGGUGAUUUGCUAGGACUUGAAAUUCUAUCCCUGCAAGAAAAUGGAUUAUCAUCACUUCCAUCUGAAAUUCAGUUACUUCAUAAUUUAAGGAUAUUAAACGUCAGUCACAACCACAUAUCACAUAUACCUAAAGAAAUAUCUCAGCUUGGGAAUAUCAGACAACUCUUUUUUUAUAACAAUUAUAUUGAAAAUUUUCCUUCUGACUUAGAAUGUCUUGGAAACUUGGAAAUUUUAAGUUUGGGUAAAAAUAAGUUAAGGCAUAUACCAGAUACUCUGCCUAGUUUAAAAUACUUGCGGGUUCUCAAUUUGGAAUAUAAUCAAUUAACAAUAUUUCCUAAAGCUCUGUGCUUCCUUCCAAAGUUAAUUUCACUAGACCUUACUGGAAACCUGAUUAGCAGUUUGCCAAAAGAAAUUAGGGAGCUUAAAAAUUUAGAAAUACUUUUACUGGAUCAUAAUAAGCUUACCUUUCUGGCUGUAGAAAUUUUUCAGUUACUCAAAAUAAAAGAACUCCAACUGGCCAACAAUAAAUUGGAAGUUAUUUCACACAAAAUUGAGAAUUUCAGGGAACUUAGGAUUCUUAUACUUGAUAAAAAUUUAUUGAAAAAUAUACCAGAGAAAAUAUGUUGCUGUGCAACGUUGGAAUGCCUUACUCUUAGUGAUAAUAAAUUAACAGAACUUCCUAAGAACAUCCAUAAGCUUAACAAUUUAAGAAAACUUCAUGUAAACAGAAAUAAUAUGGUAAAAAUAACUGACAGUAUCUCACAUCUUAAUAAUAUAUGCAGUCUAGAAUUUUCAGGAAACAUAAUCACAGAUGUUCCCAUUGAAAUAAAAAACUGCCAAAAAAUAAUUAAAAUUGAAUUGAAUUAUAACAAAAUAAUAUAUUUUCCGUUGGGACUGUGUGCUUUAGAUUCUCUUUAUUAUUUGAGUGUUAAUGGAAAUUAUAUUUCAGAAAUACCUGUGGAUAUAUCUUUCAGUAAACAACUGCUUCAUUUAGAAUUGAGUGAAAACAAACUCCUCAUAUUUUCUGAGCACUUUUGUUCUCUUAUUAAUCUUAAAUACCUGGAUCUUGGUAAAAACCAAAUAAAGAAAAUUCCAGCAUCUAUUUCUAAUAUGAUAUCACUCCAUGUACUUAUUUUAUGCUGUAAUAAAUUUGAAACUUUCCCUAGAGAAUUGUGUACUUUAGAAAAUUUGCGAGUACUUGAUCUUUCAGAAAACCAAUUACAGAAAAUCUCUUCAGACAUCUGUAAUUUAAAAGGAAUCCAGAAAUUAAACUUCUCAAGCAAUCAAUUUAUUCAUUUUCCUAUUGAACUGUGCCAACUUCAAUCACUGGAACAGCUGAAUAUAAGUCAGAUAAAAGGGAGAAAGUUAACAAGACUUCCAGGAGAGCUAUCUAAUAUGACUCAACUUAAAGAACUUGAUAUCUCAAAUAAUGCAAUCAGAGAGAUUCCAAGAAAUAUAGGAGAAUUGAGAAAUCUGGUUAGUUUACAUGCACACAAUAAUCAAAUAAGUUAUAUUCCACCAUCUUUGCUAUCUUUAAAUGAUCUCCAGCAUCUAAACCUGAGUGGAAAUAAUCUGACAGCUCUACCUAGUGCUAUCUACAAUCUUUUUUCACUGAAGGAGAUAAAUUUUGAUGACAACCCUUUGCUGAGACCUCCAAUGGAAAUCUGUAAAGGAAAACAGUUGUACACUAUUGCACGCUAUCUACAGAAGGCAGAUGAAAGAGAUGAGAAAAUCUUAGAGAAGAUAUUCAAGAUAGUUGCCAACGACAUCACUGAAACCAAUUUUGAAUUUUUAUGUCAAAAACUAAACCUGGCAAACUCAGAAACUGAUAUGCCUACAAAGAGCACUGUUUCAUUAAGUGAGAGAGUCCACCAAGCACUUGUUAUAUGGAAAACACAGAGUAACAAAUUAUCACUAACUGCUGCUGCUUUAAGAGAUCAACUAAUUCGAGCACUUACUAUGAUAGGAGCAUAUGAAAUUAUGGACAAAAUAACAGCUUUAAAUCUUUUUACACGUGCAAUUAAAUUCUAACCAG